AGCAAAGAUGGGGAAACCUCGGUCUUCAAUGGCCUAUCUCGUAGCUGCGAUUUUGGUGGCGACUUUGAGUUUGCCAUCGGUGAUGGCUACUGACUACGUCUACUCUUCUCCACCACCUCCUUACUAUGCAUACAAUUCACCUCCACCACACAUUUAUUACUCUCCUCCACCUGUUUAUCACUCUCCACCUCCUCCAGCUUAUUACUCGCCACCACACAAAUCUCCUCCACCACCUAAGAAAGACUACGAAUAUAAGUCACCUCCACCACCCAAGGAGUACAAGUACAAGUCUCCUCCACCCCCAGUUAAGAUGCCGUCACCGCCCUAUUACAUCUAUGCGUCACCUCCACCGCCUCCCUACCACUAUUAGAUCUCUAUGCCUUUUAUUACUACAUGAAGUAAAAUGAAGAAAAUAUUCAUAUCAAAUAAAGGGACGGCCUAUGAAGAUGAUUACUACACACAAAGCAAGGCCUCCAUCUCUAGUUAUUUAUGCGAUGUAAUAAUCCAUGUUUAUUUAAAGAUUUAGUUUUGGUGUAUUCAUAUAUAUUCAACAUUAUUAUUGAGGAGUUAAUAAUGAGGUUCCAAAGCUAUAGUCAAUAA